AUGGAGGAAAGUAAUUUGUGUGAAUGUGAAGUACCAAUAAAAGUCAUCGGCGAUAUUCAUGCACAAUAUCAGGAUAUGAAUCGUCUAUUUGACCUUAUUGGACGCGUCCCUCAAGAGAAAUUAUUAUUUCUUGGGGACUACGUAGAUCGUGGACCACAAGGUGUCGAGGUCAUUAUUCUUCUAUUCGCCCUGAAACUGCGCUAUCGUGAUCGGAUCUUUCUGCUGCGAGGCAAUCACGAAACGCCGGCCGUCAAUAAGAUAUACGGCUUCUACAACGAAUGCGUGAUGAAGUAUGGAGCUGGUAUUUGCAUGCUUCAACAGAAUACCUCUCGCUGGACUUAUCUCAAAAAGGUCUUGUGCAUGCACGGAGGUCUUUCACCAGAGCUGAACCACCUCGACGUGAUUCGAAAUAUUCCUCGUCCAUGCGAACCGCUUGAUCGUGGCUUACUCAUCGAUCUAACAUGGGCCGAUCCUACUAACAAGGGAUGGAUGGGUUCCACUCGAGAAUCAGACCAUGUCGAAAGAGUCGCUUCAUGCAGCAGGCUUGUCAAAAUGCUCGGCUUGAAUUCGGUAGUUCAAGAUGGCGGUUACGAAAUGAUGGCCGGGCGACGGUUGAUUACCGUAUUCUCGGCCCCAAAUUACUGUGGACAGUUCACAAAUGCAGCAGCUAUUAUCACGUUCCAACAGCUUAAAAUGCAAAUUGCGCCAAAUUUGGCACCGAAGGCUAGGCCAUGUCCUGUCAUCGCAAGCGAUCCGAAUGCCGUCAAUGCAAAAGCUGAUAAAGACUUCAUCAAGCCGUUCACGGGCUUCAAAGCAAAACAACAAAAACCACCCGAAGAGGACAAAUCUCAGCUAAGUGCACCUAUGACCAAUCCUACACAGCCUGCCGCUGCUCCACAGGCCUCGACCACAGGUUCAGAGAAGGAUCAACCUAGUGAAAAGCUUGCCACGGGAACCAAUGGACAACCAGGAGGAACCAAUCCACAACCAGGAGGUCAACCAGGACAACCAGGAACGAGC